AGAUGAUGAUAUCUGCCACGACAUGGCGCAUCGAUUCGAUGCGAUAUCCACUCUCUUCCAGUCGGUCCCUGCAUGGUGCGACAUUGCCAACAGGCUGUCAGGCUUACCUUGAUUUGAAGAAAGGAACUCAUCGAGGAUCCAAUGCGAAAGCAGUUUCGGUGCAUAUCGACGGCAGAGGCACGGGACUUUGGACCUCCGGCAGCUUGGGAGCGGUUUCUUGGCAGACAUCAUGUCUACCCUUCUGUCAGGCUCCCCUCACUUGUUACUAUUUGGACUUCAACACAUGACUGCUGCCUCGAUACCCAGCCCUGGAAACUGAACAGAAGUCAUCAGCCGCAUGCAAACGAUGGGAUCAGGAACCAACACCAGUCUUGAAUUCUGUCCAUUCAUCGACGUCAAGCUCUCCAUCACCCCUUCAACCCACAGCUUCACCCAACCUAGCCCGCCGAUCCUUACAAUGGUAUUGACCUCUCGCGCCACCAGACCUAUCACUUUUUUCACCUGGGAUACCCCUUUACACUUUAAUCGAGCGCUUACCAACAACGGCGUCACCAUCACUGAUAUUGCAAUCAACGAACCCGUAAAAACAACACGCCUCUUGGUGCAAAGAGUAGCCAUUAACCGCAUCCGUGGCUCUUUUGACGAAGAGCUCUAUCUUACCCUCCUCCCCAACAUCCCCGUCACCCUCUCGAGACCUUUUGGCAGGGGCAAUUCGGGCACAGUCAAGCCAUUGCCCAAGUCUAUCGUACAGAAAGGUUGGGAACUCGAUGACAAGGGCAACCCAAUGAAGAUUCGCAGAUCUCAGAGUGCGACGGGAGUUGAUGGAUUGGAAGCCGGGAAGGAGUAUCGCGUCGGUUUGAAUAUGGAGUUGCUUGAGAAGUGCAAGUGGAGCUUUGCGACUAAAGAUGAGGUAUUGGUUGAUCGGGGAGACAAAGGCCCAUCUCCAUCUGAUUAUGCUUGGGAAAAAGGGGCAUUGGACUUUAGCGUUGUUGAGACUAUGAUCAAGGUUGUAGAGUGAGAAGGUGGUCAAGUAUGCUUGACUGCUUUGUAAGGCUACCAUGUUUUCGGUACUCAAGCAGAAUUUGAUAUCGCCGUCUUAG